UGGUGCCGGCAUCUCAGUCUGGAUUCGCUGUCAGUACGACGAAUUGCACGGUUUACAAGCAAAGGGUGAAUCCGUUGAAGACAAACCACCGGUCCCCAACAGAAGACACUUUAUGUGACCGUGGACCAUUUCCGCGCGGUUUUAUCGGGUGGUUGGUUGCAUUUGUGCGCGACGUAACAUUCCAGCAAGUCCGAGCUAUCAUCCGUUACACUGAAAAGGUCGAGGAUUCAGCAAGCUUGAAAAAAAUCAUAGAAGCGAGAAGAAAAUGGCGCCAAACAUCACGAAUGGCCCGACGGGAGUAUUGUUCGAAGGGGAACAGAACGAAGUUGGUGAUCAGUCGAAAACGAAGUAUAAGCGACAGAUCGUCUGGAGAAAUGUCAUAAUCUUCUCGUUCCUCCAUCUUGGGGCGCUUUAUGGCGUGUACCUCUCCUUGACUGCCGCUAAGUGGAUGACACUAUUUUUCGCUUUCAGCCUGUACCUAGGGAGUGGCUUGGGAAUCACAGCCGGUGCUCACAGAUUAUGGGCGCACAGAGCAUACAAAGCAAAAUGGCCGAUGGAACUUUUUUUGGUGAUCAUGAACACGAUAGCAUUCCAAGAUGCGGCGGUCGACUGGGCCAGGGAUCACAGACUUCACCAUAAAUACAGCGAAACGAACGCAGACCCCCACAACGCGACAAGAGGAUUCUUCUUCGCGCACGUUGGUUGGCUGCUCGUCAGGAAACACCCAGACAUCAAAACUAAGGGAAAGGGAAUUGAUAUGGACGAUCUGAGGAACAACCCUAUCCUAGCGUUCCAAAAGAAGUACUACGUUUAUCUGAUGCCGUUAAUGUGUUUCGUUGUACCGACUGUCAUACCUGUUGUCCUAUGGGAGGAAACAUGGAUGAAUGCCUACUUCAUACCUACGAUCCUGCGUUACGUCUUCACGCUGAAUGCCACGUGGCUGGUCAACUCCGCUGCCCAUCUCAUAGGCAACAAACCAUACGAUAGGUUUAUCAAUCCCUCUGAGAACAAAGCAGUGGCUCUAACAGCGUUCGGCGAAGGCUGGCACAACUAUCACCACGUGUUCCCCUGGGACUACAAAACUGCCGAAUUGGGCGACUACAAAUUCAACCUGACGACAGCUUUCAUUGACUUAUGCGCGAAGCUUGGCCUGGCGUAUGAUCUGAAACUAGUUCCGAGAGAUAUGGUGCAGAAACGAGUGGAACGAACGGGCGACGGUAGUCACGAACUCUGGGGCUGGGGCGACAAGGAUCAGACGCAGGCUGACAGGGACCAGACGAUAGUGACGCAUACUCUUCAAAAAAAUUACUAGAUCCGAUCCGCUAGCUGGCCGAUCGUUGUCGCGUUAAACGACCGGCCGCUAGCUCUUUGUACAGUUAUUAGGACGGGGCCGGGUUGAGCUAUCCGAGAAACUAAUCGGAACAGUUCGGAAUAUCAUGUAAUCUUUUUAGUUACGCGGUUGCGGGAAUGCCAGUUUGAUUUUCUGCGAAACCGAUCGAACGCAAUCAUUUGAAUCAUGCACGGUGUCCAAUCGGAGUGCGAUCUGAACUUGAUAUAAAUGGUCACUGCAAAAACGAAAACUGAUAAACGAAACUGGAAUAAAAGCAAUCAGACGAACGAUCAUUGUACAGUUUGUUGUUGUCCAUAGCGUGAACAUUGAUUUCUGCUCCGAAACUAUUUAAUAAUGCAGCUGGUAUUACGAUCACGCGAUCGAUUUGAUGGAUUAUUUGGCGGGUUCUAAAUGUCCUCGGUGAUUUUCGAAGAAAGUCAGUAGCCUCGAUCGGCAGCUGAUCGUACCUUGGUUCUGCGAUUGCGUUCUAGAUCAUAACGAUGAUAUAAGGUUACGUUCAACUAUCGCGGUUUGAUUGAUUCAAAUCUCUUAGAAACGUCGAUUGAUUAUCCGACAAAUAGUUCAGUAGUUCGCCCUGCGGGUGGUGAGAUUAAGUCGAUAAUGAACUCUAUCGAAGCUCCUCGACCGUAAAAUGUUCAUCUCGUCCACCUUCUCUUUGGUUUUUCAAUCAGCGCUUAGACGCGUUUAUCGUUAGUAAUAGGCUUUAUUUAAUGUUAUUCCGUCGUUUGUUGGUCAACUUUGGGGCGACUAGGUAUGGGGCGACAGGUACUGUCAGCGCAGAACUAUUUCAAAUAGAGCACAUUGCCGAAACACGGCGAAUAUCACUUGAUUCUUUUUGGCACCGACUAGCCGUCUAAUAUUGUUAGAUUCAGCUGUAGGAUUGGCUAUGAAAUUCGAAUUCUAGUAUCGAAAAGAUCAGUGAACCAUUCGUAGACGCAAUGAAGAACAGCGGGAUGUUCAUAUUUACAAAUCUGUGGCUUUAUUUACCUUCUCUUGUUUCUGCCCCUUUCAUUACCUUCAAUCCUUCACUAUAAUGAAUAUCGCCUAAAUUCCCCGAAAGUCAAAGACCUCGAGAUGCAUGUGAACUACUCCUCGUACAAGCUCUUUUAGUUAACGGCUUUGCAUUCUGAAUAUCCGAUUCGUAGAACUGAUUGGUCGAUUUUAUAUUUGCUCGUUUGUCGAACUUUUCUUCCAAAAUUGUAUGCGGUGUAGAUUGUGGAACGAGGAGUAGUUUAUCUUGCGAUAUAGCACAGUUACUACACGCGUUGCAUCGACUUGCAAACGUGAACAAGCUUAUGAAAAGCUUAUCAGGUACCUGAAUGCAAAAAAAACAAGACGAUAUUUCACGCUUCCUAGAAUUAAAGGCGAUCAUUACGCAUCCUUAACUAUAUCUAUCGGUUUGGGACUAGCACGAUUAAGCGAAGAUAGCUGCACUUCGGGUGGCAAUUUGUGAACAAAUUUAACCGAGUAGCCGGAGAUCGAACCAGUUAGAAGUUGACGCGAUGAACAGUUUGGUUACUCCAAGCGGAGAAACGUUCGUAAUUGCGAUUUAUGUAUGCGAUUUGUACGAUUCUUUGCAAGAUAUCAUACUGCAAUACAAUAAAUUAAGAGAAACAAAAACCCGAUUCUAUACAACUCCGCAAAAUUAAUUGAAAAGCUCUUCGAUCGUCGCAAUGUCCUAAUCGAAUCUACCCACAGAGAGUAGAAUGAUUUUUAAUGAAUACUCGAACGGAAUGAAAGUAUAUUUUAGUAGACACUUUUGACCAGUCCCUACUCUGCCCUUGAAAUAGUAACGUCAAAAAGAGAAAAUUAUAAAUACAACGAUUUUCGUUGAAAGGGUCGUGUGCUCAGAAGUACCAUAACAAAUAAAACUUUAUUUUUGAAGAAGAAGAAAAUGCUCAGAAGUUUACUAAGAAAUUUCCAUGUCUCUUUAUGGGUCCCCGUCCUAACUUUCACAAUGUAAGAAUAACAAAAGUAAUAUUUUCAAAUAUUUUGGUAACAGAUUUUCAAGGUACAUACCUCCGUCCUAUCUCAACAGCAAGAAUGAAACUGUUUUAUUCGAAUCAAAUCGCAUCGGCUGAAUUACUUUCGUUUUCAAAGGCGUCUGAAAUUGUUUAGAACUGUUAAUUUGUGCGAUCUUGCAUUCUCACCCUUCCAUGACAAUAGUUUUUCUUUCUCUUACCCUCUGUUCCUUGGUCUCCUAAGUUGUAUGAGUGCAGACUACAUAAAACGUGUGUGCUUUCCGUAUUAUAGUUUGAAGGAAUGAUUAACGCGCCGGAAAUGCGGGGCGUUUUCGGUCUUUUCACGGCGGUUCGCGGCGCACAAUGGCGACACAUCGGCGUUGAAAAGUGUAAUUUCGUGUUAUAAUCGGUUGUAGUUCCAGUGUCACAAUGAGACCACACCGUACUUCAUAACUUCGAACUGCGUUAGACGCGUCCGUAGAGUUUUUCGAUUAGUGAUACACACGUACACAGAAAUUGCACACACGGGCAACCACCUUUUUCUAAGAAAAAUUCUAUAUGUGUCUGUUCACAAGGUAAACAGUGCGGAUAUCGAAAAACUAUCGCGAUUAGAUCUAAGGAUUAAUCUUAUCUUUGAAAGAAAAGUGCGCUGUUACCAGGAUAAAGAAAAAAAAUAUAUUUUGUUUUGUUACAAGACCGGACUUGCGGUGGUUUGGUCCUCUUCCCAUUGCGACAGAAUUUUGAAUUGAUUUUUAAGUAAUGCGGAAGAAAUAAUUUUUUUCUCAUUUGUUUUGCUCUUUCAUUUGAAAACAAUUGUAAUUUAGAUGUGUGCAUAAGUCUGCUCACGUUUGGUCCUUUUAGCUUCAAUAAAAGCAUACAUGGUAUGAAAUAAAGAGUUUAGUCGUA